CGAUCGAUCACGCAACAUUGUGACCACAGCGCUAUUCGGGAUCUGCAUUUCUGAAAGGCUCGUCCCAAGGGUGGUGGUUCGCAAGAAACUCGGGGGCUCGAUCUUAUGGAUCACCUUUAUCUUUUCCCCCGGAUCUUCACCGAAGGAAGGAUCCCCCGUAAGCCCGAGGAGCGGAGGGCGGCUGGGCUCCGAGGGGCUCCAGACCGCCGGACGACGAAGCGCUUCUUCCUUCUCCCAGCGCUGCUUUUGCUCCUCUUGCGCAGCGGCUGCUCCGAUGGACACACCCAUUCUCUGCUUUAUCAGUACACUGCCGUAUCAGAAUCCAUUGGAGACCUGCCCCAAUUCACUGCUCUGGGCUACGGGGAUGGCUUCCUUGCUGGUUCCUACAACAGCAUCACCAAGCAGGCCGUGUCCCGAGGCCCCUGGAUGAAGAAGAUUGAGGAAGAGGACCCCCAUUUCUGGAAUUGGAUGACUCAGAGAGCCCUCCAUUCUGGGCAGCGGUUCAGGAAGGAUCUGGAGAAUAUCCUGCAGGAGAACAACCAAAGCCGAGAGCUUCAUGUCUGGCAGCGGCUCUACGGCUGUGAGCUGGCAGAAGAUGGGAGCAAAAGGGGGUACGAUCUCUACGCUUACGAUGGGAAAAUUUUUCUCAGCUUUAACAAGGCCACCCUCAACUGGACGGCAGCCAACGCCGAGGCCGAAACGACCAAGAAGAAAUGGGAUGCCGACUUGGACAGGGGCUGGCGCAAGAAAAUUUACCUGGAAGGGGAGUGCUUUGGCUUGCUGAAGAAAUGGCUGGACUACAGCAAAGAAGCUCGGGCAAGGAAGAAGCCCCCAGUGGUGACGAUGAGCAGCAGGACUGAGGUUGAUGGCAAGGAAAGUCUUCUCUGCCGAGCUCAUGGCUUCUACCCCAAGGAGAUUGAUGCCUUCUGGAGGAGGGACGGAGAGGUCUGGCUGGAAGACACCCUCCAGGGGUCCGUGGUCCUCAACUCAGAUGGGACCUACUACUACUGGCUCAGUAUCCAAAUUGAUCCCAAAGAGAGGAGCCGCUACUGGUGUCAUGUGGAACAUGAUGGCUUGCAGGAACCUCUGGACUUGGCCAUGGAAGAGGCUGCUUUAUCUGCUGUGUAUUUCAGAAGGGGAUGAAUGGUGGUUCUUGUCCUUCUGCCGGUGAUAUUAAUUGGAUGUAUUGGAUGUUGGCCGAAGAAAAAGAAAAAAGAAGAAUCCACCACUUCAGAUGAUGCUCUCGAAGCAGUGAUGAAUUAUAGGUAGUCUUUGGCUUACAACCGAAAUUGGGACCAGAAUUUGCACCACUAAACCAUGAGAAAGAUCAAGACUGUGGACUUUUCGAUCCAUUUAAUUGAAGCAAACAUCACUAGGAUUUUCUUAUAAUGUAGUGCGGAGGGGAACUGUGCAGAAGGACUUGGACAUUCCCUUAUUUCAGAU